AAACAGUGCAACUAUUCAUAACCUCCAGCAAUUGCGCUGCGGUCAAUGCAACCAUCUCAUGAAGCCAGCCAUGGAUGAAGCUUCCGCCUGCGUCGCCGAAUCAUCACAGCCCAAUGAAUCUAAGAACACUGAAACUUCUCAUACAAGCUCGCCGGUGAGCUGCGAGAACCAGGCCACAACGCACAGACCUGGUCUUGUACAAUCAAAAGAAAUUGUUGAUUACACCCUGCAAUUUUUGUCAACAUCUAGCAAUGAGGCUCUUCUGUGUGUCUUCGCAUGUCUAAUAGGCGCCACAUUUGUCCUUUUUGGUAGACUUGGCUUGCUCCUGAUUGGGAUCACUAGUGGUGUCGUCUUGCACGCAUCAUGGGAAAGAGCCGAUGCCGAAUCUAUCGACAGUCUUUUAAAAAUAAGAGGUCCGAAGAGGAGGGAACUCGCACUGGAUGUAGCCGGCAGACUUCUCAACUGGCCCGAACGCAAGGCUCAUGGAUUUGAUGACGGACAAGAUAGCUUUGAGCAUGUCUCCCCCCAGGAUACCUCCGUGGAUCUUGAUUAUUCUACCUUUGGGCCCGAGACAGCAGCCGCCUUAAAAUCAAUGACUGAUGCAGUAAUGAUGGAUUAUGUGAACUCCUGGUCUAGAUCUAUAUUGCCGCCCGAAACGACAUUCCCUCUCUCCUGUCGGAAACUGUUAGUCGGCUUUAUCUCAUCCCUUUCAUCGCACCUUUGUCGUAAACGCCCUGCCGACACUUUCCUGGAACUCCUCACUAAUUCAUCCUCCCUAAUCGUUGUACUUCUGAAUGAGCUGUCUGCGAUAUUCGGGUCCGUUGAGUCCUCCGAUCCGCCAGAACAGGUUGUCUUGCGUUAUCUAGAAACUUACCCGGAGAGUGGUCUGGCGAAUAUCUUAGCGAAAGAACAACAAAAGAAGAAACUCGAUCUUAUAGCAGCUGACAUUCUGUCUAGCUUUCUGGACCCAGAUGUCUAUGGAUGUCCGCUUAUGAAAGACUUCAUCCGCGAACUGUUGGCGAGUGUUCUAUUCGAGUCGGCUAUUUCUAGUCUUUCGAGACCUGAAAUUAUCAAUGGGUGGAUCAUAUACCUCCUCAGCGAAGGCAAGUCUGAAGUAAUGACUGCAAUAGAUGCAGGCGUUGAAGGUGCCCAAAAACAAGUCGACACCGCAACUAGAAACCCCAGCAACGUAAACUAUCCUUCGUCGAAGGCAGUGAAUGAUGCAAUUUUGAAAUCCAGGAUCACUGGCGAAAACAGUCAACAAGGUUCCACAGAUGUCGACAGGGCAACCGUGGAGGCCAAAAAAGAGGCCAAGCGUCUCAGUGAUAUGAUUGCGGUGCAUGAGUUGCGGAAGCAAUACCUAGAGAAAGACACACAAGACAAUAUGCGAAAGGAGUUGGCUGAUGGGGAUCUUUGUGAAAAUGGGCUGUCCGCAGACAACAUAGGAGAUGAGGUUCAGUUUGGCGAACAAUCACGACAUGUCGACACAGGCGAAAGGCGCGUUGGAGAUAAGUCUGAGUCUCAUCUGGAAGAUACAUUCGAGCUGUCUUCAUCGUGGCAUUUCAGGCAUUCAGUCCCACCGAAAACGUUAGCGGAGCCAUUGACCCUUUACCGUGCAUCCAUAACGGUAGAAGCCGAUUCUGAUGUCGCAGGGAAGGGGCUACUUCGCUCAAAACCGACUUCAAGUUAUCUACUUCAGAUCGAACCUGUAUCAUCGCGUUCUACUGGGUGGAUGGUUUUUCGGAACUACAAUGAUUUUGAGUCCCUUCACGAAACCUUGGAGGCUAUCUCGAGAUUGCACAAAAUCCGAGAAUUUAAAGAGAACCAUCAAAUUGUACCCCUGUGGAAAGGCCAGACGAAAUCGGAUUUGGCUAAGAACCUGGAACGUUAUCUCCAAGAUGCUCUUUGCCACGAGUCUCUGGCAGAAAGUGAAAGGAUGAAACGGUUUCUUGGGAAAGACGAACAUCUCGGAUCUGAAUCCACCAAACCUCUCAGCAAAAUUGGAUUCCCUUUUCCGAGCCAAGUUGCGCUGGGGAAUGUAGGCAAGGGGGGUUUAGGUGUGUUAUCUAAUGCGCCCAAGGGCGUAUCAGAAGGUGGAAAGGCCGUCUUGGAAGGUGUGACAGGGGUGUUUGGCGGAGCCAUCAGUAAAAGGCCAUCGGUGGCAGAUGACAAGGCUGCAUCUCUGGAUCCCCUCUCACAUCAAAAUGAGCUGAACGACCACGGCUCUGAGGGAGGGUUCGAGAGUUCUGCAAGAAAUAGGAGUUCCAUUGAGUUGCAACGACCUAUCCAAGGCCCGCCUUUUUCAUCGAAAAUGAUUGGCAAGCCCGGUCUACCUGCUGAAGAAACAGGUUUAGAUGGAACUGAUACAGGGGAUCUUUCAGGGUUUAUAUCUGAAAGCUCAGUCCAGACUGUGGAACCAGAGCCUAUGGUUUCUAUACAGGGGUCUUUUCCUAGGCGCAAUAACCCGACUGACCUACCGCACGCUUAUACCGAAAAACAGGAUGCUUCUCAUACAGGCGGCAAAGGGCAGGCGCUAGGUGCUGGAUCAAGUAACCCCAGGAGUCAAAGCAGCCCUAUCACGCAGGAAGAGACACGUAUAGCAGUGGAGCUCAUGUUCGCGGUAAUCAAUGAACUAUAUACUUUGUCCUCGGCCUGGAACAUACGUCGGACUCUACUGAAUGCGGCCAAAUCGUACAUACUACGCCCCGGAAACCCUCAUCUGGAAACGAUCCGUGGACUGCUACAGGAAUCAAUGAUUGAAUCUCAUAUAUCGGAUGAGGCAAUUGGGUUAUAUCUCAAUAAAUUGCGUGAAAAUACUCUUCCGACAAAGACUGAAUUAGAAAAUUGGACGACUCCUCCAAAUGAUGCUGAAAAAGAACGCCUGAAAGAGACUGCUCGAAAAGUCUUCGUCCAAAAAGGCCUACCGCAGGCACUUACAAGCGUCAUGGGGGCAAAUGCCAGUAAGGAAGCUCUAGGGAAGGUCUUUGAUUGUCUCCAGGUUGGGAUUGUUGCUCGGGGUUUUGUAUUUUCUCUCAUGCUGCAGGCUCUUAAGGCAGCUAUUCUCUAAUAUUGUAUUGUGUCGAGAAUACGGGUCGACACGGUUGAACACUAUAUCGGACGAUAUUGAUUAUGAACCACGAUGUCAUGAGCCAGCAUAUACAUUGACAUAGCCAUCUCUAUUUCCCCCCCUCCUCUUGCCAUACCAAUCAUUUUUUGCCCUGUUAUCUUCAAUUUCUACCGAG